GAGAGCACGUUGAAUUGGGAAGAGGCUGCCGGGUACUGUAGACUGUGCGAGCGGGGGGAGGGUGGACAAACUCUGGAUGACGUGCUUCCCAACCCAAGCAGGGGUGUUGAAAUUCUGUCGAGCGCUUACAGAGGAAAGGAAAGGAAAGGGAUGAACAGAUCGUGAAGAAAGCGAGCACCUUUCAAACGAUUGUAUUGUCUGUGUGUGCUUUCCCGAGACGGGAUCUCGUUAAGACGACUUCCUCACUAGAGAAGGGCAUGACAUAGUGGACCAGGCAUGCAGAAGUGAUUAAAGGGAAUGCCGUGAAUGCAGCGGGCUUGCCAGUGACCUCAUCUGUUGAAAGGAGCUGAACACAGAGAGCGCUGCAGCGAGGAACCCCCUGUGAGUGAGUGAGCGAGUGUCUGACCUGGAGCCAUGGCUGCAUUCAGACAGGAGAGCGUGGACGAGUACUACGAGAUGGGAGAGGAGCUGGGCAGCGGUCAGUUUGCCAUCGUUCGGAAGUGCCGUGAGAGGAGCACAGGAAACGAGUACGCAGGCAAGUUCAUCAAGAAGCGCCGCCUGUCCUCGAGCCGGCGCGGAGUGAGCCGGGAGGAGAUCGAGCGCGAGGUGAACAUCCUGCGGGAGAUCCAGCACCCCAACAUCAUCACGCUGCACGACAUCUUCGAGAACAAGACCGACGUCAUUCUGAUCCUGGAGCUGGUGUCCGGGGGCGAGCUCUUCGACUUCCUGGCUGAGAAAGAGUCCCUGACGGAGGAGGAAGCCACACAGUUCCUGAAGCAGAUCCUCGACGGAGUCCACUACCUGCAUUCCAAGAGCAUCGCGCACUUCGACCUCAAGCCUGAAAACAUCAUGCUGCUGGAUAAGAAUGUCGCCAGUCCCCGAAUCAAGCUCAUCGACUUUGGGAUUGCGCACCAGAUCACGGCUGGCAACGAGUUUAAAAACAUUUUCGGAACCCCAGAGUUUGUGGCUCCAGAGAUUGUGAACUAUGAGCCUCUGGGAUUAGAAGCAGACAUGUGGAGUAUUGGAGUGAUUACCUAUAUCCUGCUGAGCGGUGCCUCCCCCUUCCUGGGGGAAACAAAGCAGGAGACCCUGACUAACAUCUCUGCUGUGAACUACGACUUCGAUGAGGAAUACUUUGUGCACACCAGCGAGCUGGCCAAGGACUUCAUCCGCAGACUGCUGGUCAAGGACCCCAAGAAGAGAAUGACAAUUGAGGACAGUCUACAGCAUCCAUGGAUUAAGGUGAUCAAGCGACGGAACGUGCGCAAGGAGGACAGUGACAAGAAGCCGGAGAGGCGCAGGCUCAAGACCACACGGCUGAAGGAAUACACCAUCAAGUCUCACUCCAGCAUGCCUCCCAACAACACCUACGUGAACUUCGAGCGCUUCUCCAAGGUGCUAGAGGAGAUCGCAGUGGCCGAAGACGGGCUGCGAGAGCUGGAGCGGAACAAGUUGUCCUGCCAGGAAGACAUCGCUGCCCUGCUGUCCAUCUACGAGGAGAAGGAAAGCUGGUACAAGGAGGAGAACGAGAGCAUUGAGGGGGAUCUGGGGCAGAUCAGGCUGGAGCUGCAGCGCACAGAGGCCCAGAGGAGACAGAGCCAGGAGGAGGUGCGAGCGGCCCUGCUCUCCGCCAACGCACUCAAGAGGCGCUUCGGCCGCCUGGAGAACAGAUUCGAGGUGCUGGCCGAGCAGGUGGCCUCCGAGAUGAAGUGGGUAGAGGAGCUGGUGCUCUCCAUCGAGCAGGAGAAGAGGCAGGGCACAAGCAUGCGCUGAGAGUGACCGUUUUAAAUAGAUAUGCACUCUCUCUCACACCCACACACACACACACACACACACACGCAUGCAUGCACCUGCAACACAGCAGUGCUCCUGUUUAUAUAGUGCACAAGGAGUUGAGAAUGCCGCUCUUAUUGUUAUGUAGACGCAGAACCCUAUGCAGUAGAAUCGCAAAGUUACGAACCAAACCAAACUUGAAACAGGACUCCUGCUGGGAAUUGUGAAUCCAGUCCACAUAUAUGAAAUCAUUGGGAAUAUUGCAGUCUUCAGACUUCAUUCCUGGUGCGUUCUUAACUUUGAGGUUCUAUUGCAAAGCUAAAAUGUUGCCUUCAGGUGGAUUUCAUGUUAAGUUGUAUUUUAUUUUACUGUAACAUGUUUCUGUGUCCUCUGGUAAGCUGUUGCAGAGUCAGAAACAUCUGAAAUAUUACUGUAAAGUCUUUUUUUUUUUUUUUUUAACUUGUGUGUUGCCUGAAAACGGCAUGUGAAUGCAGGGUUACAUGUUUUUGGCGUUCUACAUAUUUCUAAAUGUUUUCAGUCGUUAGGUGUUUGUGGGGAGUGGAAACUCUAUUCCAAAAAAGUACUUCUCUGUUUUUUUGUAAUGGUUUUCCUACAGGGGUUAUUGUUGAGCUACUGACAAGUUUAGUUUUAAAUAGGAUCUCUUAUCCCAUAUUGUAUCCUUACAGCAGAUCCUGAUAAUACGCUUACAGCUUCUAUUUUAAAGAAUAGUUAAUAAUGAUGUAACAAGUCAGGAUUUAGCAUUUCUUCACUGUUGGGGUGAAGCUAAGUGCCUGGGAGACGGAGGGUUAGAAGGGCGUUUACUACUUGUGUUUUGUUGUUUUUAUGGUAGAUGCAAUGAUUCUUAGGUUAUGUGGUGGAAUGUUGAGCACAUUGGAACGCGGUGCUGGAAUUGGGUUUGUGGUGGAAUGUUGGAACGCGGUGCUGGAAUUGGGUUUGUGGUGGAAUGUUGAGCACAUUGGAACGCGGUGCUGGAAUUGGGUUUGUGGUGGAAUGUUGAGCACAUUGGAACGCGGUGCUGGAAUUGGGUUUGUGGUGGAAUGUUGAGCACAUUGGAACGCGGUGCUGGAAUUGGGUUUGUGGUGGAAUGUUGAGCACAUUGGAACGCGGUGCUGGAAUUGGGUUUGUUUUAAUGAGUGUUUCUGACCUUAAUGUGUGAAUUCAUCCUCUCUGUGGUGGGAUAGCCCAAAUAGCAUGUGCCAAUGCUUGAAUUAUUUUGAGCGUUAAUGUGAUUAAAGUCUAUACUGUGCAGGUCCCUGGGAUUGUAGCAUUGAUAACCAGGUGGUCCGUGUGCAUAGUUCUAGCUGUACCCUUACUGUCACUGCUUUAAUAAUGCUGUUUGCUACUGUGAUACCAGCUCCUGAUAACCUGGCUCUGUUACAUUAGCAACAUAUUUAGGAUGAAGUAGACAUUGGGGUACUUUGAGCUGCUGAUGCCCGAAUCUUUAAAAACAAGUUACUCAACCACUUCACAGCUGAAGUUCAAUCCUAGGAAAAAAGAAAUGCAGUCAUUAGUGUCAUUAAUAACAAGACUGAGGAUGUGCAAAAUUAAUCAAAAUGUUAUUAAACCGUGCAUAUUGCCAAACAUAAUGGUGGGAGGAAAUGUCGCUCCUAUGUGAGGUGAUGAGUGAAGUAAAGCAAAGCUGGGUGAGCAGUGAAAGUGUUUUAUAAGAAUGCACGGCGCAGACUCCGUGUAUGAGCUCUUUACAGCUGUAUUAAUAGCAUGAUGAUGAUUGUGGGGACCGCACACAGCACAUCGUUUCAGUGGCACUGAACUGCUCUUGCUGUUACAGUGUGGACUUGCUGCUGAUCAGUGGUGUUUUAACAGAACUCAUGUGUUUGUGUUGUAGAAUGGGUUCACGGUUUCUUUUUUUAUGUCUUAAUACAAUUCAAACACUAAUUUGGGGUUAAUUAAAAUGAAUUGCAUAACCUUAAACAAUCACCAAACAUGCAUUGUAACAGUGUGGUUGCACAGUCCUACAGUAUUCUAGACCUACUUGUGUUUGUAAGAAGUGCCAUUGGAGGGGGGAUUUCUGGGUGUCUUUUCCCAAAAUAAAAGACUUCUGAAGAGUGGAGUUAAGAUCUGAUGGUGGCUUGGAUUAGUUUUGCAGCCAGAGAACAGACAGUUCUUCUUCUUAGGUUUUAUCCAGCGCAGCUGACAGCAAUAAACGGGCAUAAAAAAAUAAGCUAACAUUAAUGGCAUUAAGGUGUAUUUAAACAUUGCUGUAGAGGAACAGUACUGGGAAUGAAAGGGUUAAUAACACCUAUGAAUAAUACUAAUAUGGAAAAGCCUUAGCAAUGUUUCCAAGUGUGUUGAUAUUUGCCAAGCAGUAUAGUUUAUGUUUAUAUAUAUAUUUUUCAUUGACACAGUCUGGAAGAAAAGUGUGGUGCUCUUGCAAUAAGAAUUGUUAUUCAGAUAAUGUGAUUGUAUUCCAGUCCCCAUAUCUUGUGCAGUCAGUUGAAAGCUGCUUUUGCACGUGACAGAGCGUAGCGAGGACUGGCGGGUAUGUGGAUGGUGAUCUGCAAAGGAGCGCACUGUCUCCAGCGGGUUUGUAAUGUUUUUAAGUACUGUAGAACUGAAAGCCAUGCAAAACAGCAAUGCUGCGCACAUUGUGAUUAACCCCGGAUUUCUGGAAGAAAUGCCAAAUGAUAUGCAUGAACUUCACUCAGCUUUUUUGGAAACGUCUCUUGAUCUGCUGCCUUGUUGUUUUUGAAAACUUCUACAUCAUUCCUUUUGUAAAACCUUUUCUACCAUUCCUUUGUUCAAGACAAUAUUUGUCAUUUUCAUUUAUUUGCAAAUUAGUGUAUGCUCAUAUGCUUGUUUAAGAAUACUGUUAUAUUUAUGCUUUUUUUUUUAAAGUAUAGCCUAGGUAUUGAAUCCCAAAGUUUUUACAAAUAAAAUGAACACAAAACGAAA